AUGGCUGGACCGAUUUUGGCGGCUCUUCGCGUUGAAUUCGGCCUGGCCAUGAUUUCUCGCUCGCCAUCAACACCAUCACGCCCGGUGCUGCGUUUAGCACAAUCCUCUCGCAGCGCUCUUCUCUCCGUCUCCGUCCCCCCAGCCCGGCUAAUCAGAUACGAUGCGUUUGAUGCGCAGUUCGACCAACAAGUUCUGGCAGAAGCAAGGAGCUGGUUCCAGAACUUUGACGCCUCUACAUUGCCCAGAGGGAGCACAACGUACGCUCGAUCCAGCGGUCCUGGGGGUCAGCACGUCAACAAGACGGAAACAAAGGCCACCACCGUCUACAGCGUCAAGGAUUUGCUGUCACGCCUUCCCGAAAACCUGCACCGGGCUGUGCGAUCUUCCAAGUACUACGUCGCCAGCAACGACUCCCUCACGUUCCAAAAUCAGAGCCAUCGCUCGAGGAGCGCGAAUGCAGACGAGAAUCGGCAAAAGCUGGUUGACGAGAUCGCUCGCAUCUACCGCCUGACGACGCCAGCAGAGACGAGCGGCGAGAAGAAGAACAAGCAUAAGAUGAUAGAGAAACGGUUCCACGAAUCGCGCCUCGCGCAAAAGAAGUUCACCAGCGCCAAGAAACAAUCCCGAAGAGGUCCUCCGAGCUGA